AUGCAUUUAUCACUGGACACCAUGAGCAUGGUGGACGACAGCUGCCUCUCGCCCAGUAGCUUCCACGAGAUGGGGAAAGGCGGAGGCGUCGCCGCCGGAGGCCGCGUCCACAGCAUCGACGUCAUCCUGGGCUUCAGCAAGGAGCAGGACCCCCUGCUCAGUCCGGCCCCGGGGCCCCACAAGGUGAACAUAGACGGCCUGGGAGAACCGGGCAAGCAGCAGGAGAACCAUCCGUCCUACAGCGGACACCUUUCAGCUCUGAGGAACAGCAGCACCGAGCAGCAGUAUCACGACUCGGGCUUGUUCACAGAUAAGUGCGACGAGGAGCUGAGCGAGCUGAGGAAGAGCGUGGACAGCGACGAAGGAAAGUCCCCGGAGCCCUGCAAGGACGACCAGCCCAAGAAGAAGCACCGACGGAACCGGACCACCUUCACCACCUACCAGCUGCACGAGCUGGAGCGGGCCUUCGAGAAGUCCCACUACCCGGACGUGUACAGCCGCGAGGAGCUGGCCAUGAAGGUGAACCUGCCCGAAGUCCGAGUUCAGGUCUGGUUUCAGAACCGCAGAGCCAAAUGGCGCCGGCAGGAGAAGAUGGACGCCAGCACCAUGAAGCUCCACGACUCCCCCAUGCUGUCCUUCAACCGUCCGGCUCCGGUCCACUCCAGCAUGGGCCCGAUGACCAACUCCCUCCCCCUGGAUCCCUGGCUCACCUCGCCCCUGUCCAGCGCCACGCCGGUCCACAGCAUCCCGGGCUUCAUGGGUCCGGCUCAGGGCCUCCAGCCCGGCUACCCCGGCCACGGCUUCCUCAACUCGGCCCCCCACGCUCCUCACCCCCACGGCCAUCCUCACCCGUCCAUGGGUCAGGGCAUGCAGAACAUGGCUCCUCCGCCCUACCAGUGUCCGGCGCCGUACCCGGAUAAUAAAUACCCGCUGGAGGACGUGGACCAGCGCAGCUCGAGCAUCGCCGCGCUGAGGAUGAAAGCCAAGGAACACAUCCAGUCUAUGGACAAGACCUGGCAACCCAUGUGA